ACUCGACUUAGUUUACAUUCUGAGAGACUUCUCACUGUUCACAGAAAAAAUAAAGUUGAGAACAUCAUGGGUGUCCGUUUUCCCAGGAUUAUUCCAGCCAAGCAUACUCUGCAGCGAGUUCUUUCUAGUUCACAUAUUACAGAUGUACCCAAAGGCCACUUUGUUGUUUAUGUUGGAGAAAUCUGCAAGAAGCGGUUUGUGGUUCCAAUAUCUUAUUUGAAGCAUCCUUCAUUCCAGAAUUUGUUGAGUCAUGCUGAAGAAGAGUUUGGCUUUGAUCAUCCUAUGGGAGGUCUCACAAUCCCAUGCGAAGUAGAAGAGUUCCUUGUUCUCACUCAUGGCUUGAAUUGCUCAUGAGCAAAGAUCAAGAGAAGAAACUUGUGAAAAUAGCUAGCAUAGAGUACUUCAACAAUGUGACAUCACAUAACCAAAAAUCAAUCUCUCCAAUUUUGAAUUAAGGGAGUUGAAUUGAGUGUGAAGCCCUUGUAAACUUCUUUUAUUUAUUUAUUUACUUUUCUGUAAAGCAUAGUUGGAAUUUUAAUCUAUUAAUAUUAAAUCAAA